AAACCGCCGUCGCCGCCGCGAGGAGGAGAAGGAGAAGGAGGAGCACCAGCAGCGGGAGGAGAAAGAGGUGGAGGAGGAGGAGGAGGGCAGCCAGGGAGCAAGGAGGGAGCCUGCGGACGGAGGGAACUCUGCGCGAGGAGGAGGAAGAGGAGGCUCUCUCUCGUUCGAGGAGGCCCAACGGAGGACGGCCGGUCGCGCUGCGUGCCACAGGCUUCGCGUGUGUAUAACGCGCUUUUCUGUCGCGAAAAGCACGCGCGAGUGGGAAAGAGAGAGAGAGAGAGAGAGAGAGUGUGCGACGGUGGGGAGGGGGGAGGUGCACGACACGAUCGUGGACAAAGGGAAAGAGAGAGAGAGAGAGAACGGACGAAAGCGCAGAGGAGUAGAGGACGGCGAGUAAGCCAGUCAGCGAGCAAGCGGAGACAGACGAGCAAGCAGACAAGCGCGCGGCGGCUUUAUCAUGCUGUACGUGGAAGCGGCGGUGGCGUCGCGACGGAUCGCGAAUCGCAGUGGCAGCAAUCGCGUCGUCUUCCCCGUCGCCGGGAGUGUGAUGAUGAUGCAGCAGCAGCAGCGGCGGGAGGGACGCGCGUAAAGAGGAAGGAAGGACGCGCGCGAACUGAUUAUACGCGUGUUACACUCGGUCCCUCGACGAGUGCCGGACGGGAGAACCAAGAGUGCGAGAGAAAGAGAGAGAGUGAGAGAGAGACAAAGCGAGGGAAGGCACGAGUGAGAGACGGAACGAGAGGAGAGUCGGACGAGCGAGCGUCGCGCGCGCGGGUUAGAAACCUCGUUCGUCCGUUUACGGAGAGAUGGACCCGGGCCCGUCUCGCCGCCUCGAGACCUCACCACGUUCACGAUUCGCCCGUGCCGCGAGCGGGCACGAGGAAUGCGGGGCCCCCGGGGCAGCCACGACGACGACGGGGAUCAUCAUCAUCAUCGCCGCGACGGCGACACGCCGUGCUGCACGAGUGACAUGGCAGUGGGAUUGCGAGGUAGCCGACUCGU